AUGGAAAUCAUUGCCAUGACAAGGAACACGUCCGGAGCGUCAACUUCCAACGCUACUCAUCCGACCGAGUGGAGCUUGGAGAGUUUCCUUCAACAUCACCCAGCCAAGUUCAAUGGGAAGUGCCUCCCUGAUGAGGCCGAUCAGUGGCUACGUGAUAUGGAGCGGAUCUAUGACACCAAGAGGUGUCUGAAUGAUAACAGAUUGGCGUUUACGGAGUAUCUACUUACUGGGGAGGCUAGUCAUUGGUGGACUAGCGUGAAGAUGAUAUUGACGGACGCUCAAAGUCCCAUCUCUUGGGAAGUUUUCAGGACCAAGUUUUAUGAGGAGUACUUUCCAGAUAGCGUACGUUUCGCUAAGGAGGUGGAGUUUCUCCAGUUGGUACAAGGUGGUAUAUCGGUUUCUGAGUACACCAACAAGUUGAAGCACCUGGUUCGUUUCAACACCAUGGCUACGAGCAAGGAGUGGCAAUGCCGGAAGUUUGAGAAUGGGCUUAGAAGCGAAUUGAAGUUGUUGAUCUCCAGCUUGUGCAUCAAGUCUUUUCCCACCAUGGUUGAGAGAGCCAAAGUAUUAGAGAAGAACGUGGCAGAGGUGGAACACCAGAAGAAGCAACAACAGGUGGUGAGGGGACCGGUAUCUGAUAACGGUUGA